AUGAGGCUGUGGCUAGGAAGCCUGGUUCUCCAGGCUCUGAGGAGUACCCGGGGAUUCUGCAGGCAGCCACCGCCUCUACCUGUCCCUCAGAAGAUUGUGGCCACCUGGGAAGCCGUCAGCCUGGGGAGGCAGCCAGUGCCUGAGUACUUCAACUUUGCCCAUGACGUGCUGGACGUGUGGAGCCAGCUGGAAAAGGCUGGGCACCGGCCCCCAAACCCUGCCUUCUGGUGGGUCAAUGGGAUGGGGGCAGAGGUCAAGUGGAGCUUUGAGGAGCUGGGAGUGCAGUCCAGGAAGGCGGCUAACGUGCUGGGGGGCAUGUGUGGCCUGCAGCCCGGGGACAGAAUGAUGCUGGUGCUCCCGCGGCUCCCGGAGUGGUGGCUGGUCAGCGUGGCUUGUAUGCGCACAGGGGUCGUCAUGGUUCCAGGCGUCACUCAGCUGACGGAGAAGGACCUCAAGUAUCGGCUGCAAGCGUCCAGGGCCAAGUCUAUCAUCACCAGCGACUCCCUGGCUCCCAGGGUGGAUGCCAUUAGCACCGACUGCCCCUCCCUCCAGACCAAGCUGCUGGUGUCAGACAGCAGUUGGCCAGGCUGGGUGAACUUCAGGGAACUUCUCCGGUAA